ACGUCUAUCUUAGCAAUAGCUAUAAUAUGAUAACUCUAGUUCGAAUUCUACGUUGUUAAGCGAGUGGAUGAUGACAAAAAUCAGUCAGUUUUUGUACACGCUAUUUGUCGGAGUUGUUUUGCUCCUUUCUUUAAAAGAAACAAAUGGAUUUUUUAUUAAACAUGUUCAAUCAGGAAAGUGUAUUUAUGAUACUGGGGUAGAGUAUUCAAGAUAUCCUAGUAUCAACCCAAUUCACCUUACUUAUUAUCUGAACCUAACUAAGAACUGUUUUGACUCAACAACUCAGUUUAAAUUUCAUCAAUCUGGCUCCAUAUUAAAACCGAAUAGAAGAGGUUGCCUUGUGGGAGACAGAAUCUUACAAGAUUUGUUUUUGAUAUACGAAAAGAAAGGUGACAUUGCUGCUGCAUGCAAUGACGCCAACGCUUUAACCCAAACUUUUCAAGGUGGAAUAUUUACUUCCGACUUUGAUAAAUGUGCAGUACCUCCAGGAUAUAUUAAACGUCAUGUCUACAUGGGAAUAGCUAACUGUAAUAAUGAAGAAGAUCAGCGAUUUCAUUUUGGUGCAGUGACAUGUGCUGGACAAAAGAUAGCGGACGCUAGUUGCUCGAAUAAUCAAUAUAUGGUGAUAAAAGUUGCAGAAUAUCGUGGAUUGAGAAACGGAAGCUCUUGUGGUUUAAGUUAUGAUUACAGUUGUAGUGUCGAUGUAACAUGUGACCUUAAAAAUUACUGUGAUGGGGAAAGAAAAUGUGAUGUAUCUGUUGAUGAUUAUCAUUUCUCUUCAAGUAUUUGCCCUGGUUUGGACAAGUAUCUUUACUUUGAAUAUCAAUGUAACGACACAAGUACGCCACACAGAGAAAUUUGUAACUUUGAGAAUGUACAUCUGUCUCAGUCAAUUUUGCCAAACAAAGGUGUCGUGGAUGUUAUUACAAAGUUUAGAAACUUCACCAUCUGCAACAAUGGUCUUUUGGCUGAAGUAAAAACCACUGUCUGUAAUCGAUUUGGUUAUCCUAGUGCACUGAAUAUAGAAAGCUGGACGUCAAUACUAACAUCAGUUAAUCAUUUUUUUACACCUGGAAAUGUUGCAUGUGGUGCUCAAGUGAAUGAUUUAUCCCAAUGUUCAAUAACUCAAAACAAUAGUUGUUCUCAAUACUUGUAUGUGACAUGUCAUAUAUGUAAAAGGCCUUUAUUAAACAACAAACAUAGUUUUCCAAACACCUCCUUUUCUGCCUUGUCCUCAACUAUUAACCAUUCUGCCAAAGAGGCAAGAAUUUCCAGCGGUAGUUCUUGGUGUGCUCCUGCUGCAAAUGGCACUCAUUAUCUUGAACUGAAAUUUCAAAAACUUUAUGCAAUCAACACUAUCGUCAUCUUUGGUGAUAGUGUAAGCCCAUGUUGGGUAUCUAGCUUUUACCUAAACGCUACAUCUGAUUUAAUAAACUGGGAAUCAGUUUUUCACCAAAAUUCACAAAAGGUUUUUCCAGGCAACAAAAAUGCUUACAGUGACGCUGCUAUCUCAAACAUCACAGGUGGUAUUAGAACGAGAGCUUUACGGAUUAUUCCUUUGAGUUACACUGGUCAACCAUGUUUACGAACUGAAGUUUGUGGUGGAGAAUUGCAUCCAAACAGCCCGACCAAUCUCCAUGUCAAUUCAACCGCUUCAAGAUACGUUACAAUAUCCUGGGUAGACCCACAAAACGUUGCAGUAUCUCCCAGUACAGGCCUCAAAAAUCCUCUGACCAAAUUUAAGUUUAUUUUGAGGAAAAAAACAAUGGCGAUCUUUAACUUUGUUGAGCAAGCCAAUGUUAGUAGACCUUACAAAUUGAGCAAUCUUAUUCCUAACACAAUGUACACAGUUGAAGUAUUCGCUGGAAACUCGGAAGGUUUUGGAGAUCCAGCAAAUGCUUCUUUUCACACAAAUGAAGAUGUUCCUGAUGGUCCUCCUUUAAAUGUAACAGUCGCUGUUGUUAAUAGUUCAUCGUUAUCAAUCACGUGGAAGCCACCUGAUAUAAGCAAGAGAAAUGGGAAAAUUAUCAAUUACACAAUUUGUAUUACACGAUGGAAGAAUGGGACGUGUUCAAGAAACUUUACUACGACAAACCAAAGUUUUAUUGUAAAUGACUUGAAACCAGCAACAACGUACUACAUCAGUGUUUUGGCCAGUACUAUAAUUGGUCGAGGAAAUUACAGUGAAAAUGAAAUUGCAAUAACAAAUGAAUUGCAGCCAGAAAAGCUUACAAAUUUUACGGAAGAAACGUUGACGUUUUCUUUAAAGAUUCCUGUUGAAGAAUAUGAAUUCUUCUAUAUUAUUGCGAUGGAAGGAGAUGAAAAAAAUCCCCCUCCACCUUCUAACUUCAGCAAUGAAGACUUAAUAAGGUAUUCCACACUCUCACAACCAAAGCUUUACAUUGCUGCCGUGCUUAAAGUCAGCGGUGUUGACAUGUUCGUGUUUAUACUUGGUGAUGGCUUAAAUUCAAGUAUUUCAAAACCGCGAACACGACGAUCUACAGAUAGAGAUUAUAAUAAUCGUCCUUUAAGCCCCGAUACUACUUAUCGAGUUUUCCAGCGAGUUAUUGUGAAUGAUAUGGGUGUUUAUUAUUCAACUGAUUGGAGUCCUGCUGCAAAAACUGAUCCUCGUCCAACUACUGCUCCUACAACUUCUGCUCCUCAAACUCCUUCUCCUUCAACUUCUGCUCCUCAAACUCCUUCUCUGACUACAAAUCCAACUCUACGUUUGUCUUCAACUACAAAAAAGGAUGAAGGCAAUGAGACUCUUAUUUUUAUUGCUGCCGCUGCUGCCGCUGGUAUUGUAUUGAUAAUCAUUUUUGUUAUCGUGGCAGUUUGCUUAAGAAGAGGACGAAAGGGGAAUAAAAAAUCUAAGUCUAGUCUGUCCUCUAACGAUGAGGGAGAGAAGGGAUAUGAACUUUCCAUAAAAAACGAAGCGUUUGUUGGUGAAGACAUCGUGGAUGCUGUGCAACCACAAGUGGAAAACAAUAGGGAUCUUAGCAACCCAAUUCCUGACGACGACGACACAUAUGCAAACAAUGAAACCAUUAUCGUCCGAAAUCAUUUUCCAGUACCUCUUGAAAAAUUUCAUGAACACGUAAAGAAACUAAGACAAAAAAACAUGCAGGAAUUAAAGCUUGAAUUCGAGGAUUUACCAAAUGGUCAGAAAUGCAACUGGGAUAUUGCAAAAAAUAGUAUAAACUCUGCCAAAAACAGAUAUGGAAACGCAGUCACAUACGACCAUUCUCGUGUGAUACUCUCUGGUGAUGAAAAAUCUGACUAUAUCAACGCUUCUUUUGUCGACGGAAAAUGUGAGAAGUACUACAUUGCGACCCAAGGACCAAAACCUAAAACAGUUGAUGAUUUCUGGAGGAUGAUCUUUGAGCACAAGUGUUCAACCAUUGUUAUGUUGACAACUUUGAAAGAAAUGGGAAAGGUAAAAUGUGAAAAGUAUUGGCCAGAUGAAUCUAACGAAUACGGUGAAAUUAAAGUGACCGUCACCAAGACAAAGACCUUUGCUGAUUACGUCACACGCAUGAUGGUGGUUGAAAAGGAUGGCGAACAGCACAAAGUCGAGCAGUUUCACUACAAAUCAUGGCCAGACUAUGGAGUGCCCCGUUAUCCGACACAACUGUUGACUUUCAUAAAGCAUUUUAAGCUAUCGCACAGGACAAGAUUCGGUCCAGUGGUCGUACAUUGUAGCGCCGGUGUUGGUCGUACUGGAGUAUUUAUUGCCAUAGAUAAAAUCCUCGAUGAUCUAGAUGAUGAUUAUGAAACAAACAUUGAUGUAUUUGGCUUUGUGGAAGAGAUGAGAUCGCGGCGCAUAAACAUGGUUCAGACAGCGGAUCAAUACAUGUUCAUUCAUGACACCAUUGUCGAUCACAUCCAAUGUGGAGCGAAUGAAGUUGAUGCUGUAGAAAUAAAGGUCGAAAUAUCACAACUGUCAAAGACGAAUGGGGCUGGAAAAACAGGAUUUGAAGAAAAAUUCGAGCGUUUACAAUCAGUUACAUCAGAGCUCCCAGAAGAACUUUGUGAAGCAGCACUUUCGGAUGAGAACAAGAAGAAAAAUCGUAAUCCAAAUAUCUAUCCAACGGAAACUAAUCGUCCAACUCUUCGACGUAUUGAACGUGUGGAAAGUUCUGACUACAUAAACGCAUGUUUUGUUGAUGGUUAUCUAGGAAAGAAUUACUUUAUUGCAACACAAAUGCCUUUAAACGAAACAAUAAACGACUUUUGGAGGAUGGUAACUCAGCAUGAAUGCACGACCAUCGUUUUGCUGAGUCUGAUAAAUGAAGACGAGGAGGAAUAUCCAAUGUUUUGGCCCACGAAGAGAGCAACAAGUCAACCAUAUGGAACAUGUACUGUUUUGUUUGAUUCUGUCGUAAAGAAUGAAGACAUUGUUGUGAGAAAGUUUAUCGCUUCUCCAACGAGAGACAUCAAAGAAGGUCGAAUGGUCAGGAUGGUUCAGUACUUAUCAUGGCCUAAUCAUGGAGUACCUAAAGAUGUAAAGAGUUUGGUGAAUGUCUUGACAGAAGUCGAAGAGGCACAAAGAGCUGUGGAGGUUAAAGGACCUGUUGUCGUUGUCUGCAGUGAUGGAGCAGGUAGAUCAGGUACCUAUAUCACCAUUUCAAACCUUGUGGAUCGAGUUAAAAUCGUCCAAGUCAUGGAUGUGUUUCAGUGCAUAAAACUGAUCCGAAGUAGACGCCCACAAUUUGUCGAGACAGCGGAGCAAUUCAAAUUUUGUUACAAUGCAGUGUCAUGCGUGUUGGAGUCCUUUGACGAGUAUUCAAAUUUCACAGAAAUAGCGAAAUCUUGAGACUUUAGUUUACACAUGUUAUUUAACAAAGGUCUAUCUUUAAAGGAUUGGACCAAAAUAAAAUACGUUUCAUAAAUAUACUAACGGCACUUUUUAUUAUUGACCUAAAGCAAACACCAUUCAUUUAGAUAGCACUUACUAAUAAUUAAUUGUUUUAUUCUAACCAUUUUUCCCUUAUGAAAUAACGUACAACCAAUCAUAACAGAACGCGGUGUAGAUAAUUACAUACAUGUAAUUUAAAAACAACGUUAUGACGCCGUCUGACAUUGUCGAAAUGAUUGCACGGAUGCAGCACUAAGUCAAAAGAUAUUUUGCGAGCGAAAAAUUGCCUUGCUAUGAGUAAAAACUCGUUCAUGAGCAACUUAACGUGGUGCUGUCAAUGUUGUUGAAGAAGACGUGCUGAAUUAAUUUUAUGAAUAUUUAUAACAUUUGUUUACGUUUAACUUACUUAGAAAGUUUCCUCUGCAUUUAUUUUAACAACUGUAACUAUUUUUAAUUUAGAAUAUUUGCCUAGCUCUCAUUUUAUGAUUUUGUUAAUUCUGUCUGUUGUACUCAAAUAUACUAACAAAAAAACUCAAAA